UCUCCCUUCCCCCCUUCCUCGGGCCCUUUUCGUCUUGGCGCCUGCACUCUCCGCGCCCCGCGCUUCCUCCCGCUCGGCUCCGCGCCCCUAGCCAGCGCUCUCCUCCCCACUCGCUCUUCCCCAAGCUCUUUCUCGCCCUCUCUGAACCGGCUCCCCCGCGCGCCCAUCCCGAGUCCGCUGCCGCCUUGUCAUGUCAGGAUGGAGAUCCGGCAGCACGAGUGGCUCUCGGCCUCCCCCAACGAGGGCUUCGAGCAGAUGAGGCUCAAAAGCCGCCCAAAGGAGCCCUCGCCGAGCCUGACCCGAGUGGGCGCGAACUUCUACAGCAGCGUCAAGCAGCAGGACUACAGCGCCAGCGUCUGGCUCCGGAGGAAAGACAAGCUAGAGCACUCUCAGCAGAAGUGCAUUGUGAUCUUUGCGCUGGUGUGCUGCUUUGCCAUUCUAGUUGCACUGAUAUUUUCAGCCGUGGACAUCAUGGGAGAGGAUGAGGAUGGACUCUCAGAAAAAAAUUGUCAAAAUAAAUGUCGAAUUGCCCUGGUGGAAAAUAUUCCUGAAGGCCUUAACUAUUCUGAAAAUGCACCAUUUCACUUACCACUUUUCCAAGGCUGGAUGAAUUUACUCAACAUGGCCAAAAAGUCUGUUGACAUAGUAUCUUCCCAUUGGGAUCUCAACCACACUCAUCCAUCAGCAUGUCAGGGUCAACGUCUUUUUGAAAAGUUACUUCAACUGACUUCGCAAAAUAUCGAAAUCAAGCUAGUGAGUGAUGUGACAGCUGAUUCAAAGGUAUUAGAAGCCUUGAAAUUAAAGGGGGCCGAGGUGACCUACAUGAACAUGACAGCCUACAACAAGGGCCGGCUGCAGGCCUCCUUCUGGAUCGUGGAUAAGCAGCACGUUUACAUCGGCAGCGCCAGCUUGGACUGGAGAUCCCUGGGACAGAUGAAAGAAUUGGGUGUCAUCUUCUACAACUGCAGCUGCCUGGUCCUGGAUUUGCAAAGGAUAUUUGCUUUAUACAGUUCAUUAAAAUUCAAGAACAGAGUACCUCAGACCUGGUCCAAGAGACUCUAUGGAGUCUAUGACAACCAAAAGAAAUUGCAACUUCAGCUGAAUGAAACCAAAUCUCAAGCCUUUGUGUCGAAUUCUCCCAAACUCUUUUGCCCUAAAAACAGAAGCUUUGACAUCGAUGCCAUCUACAGUGUGAUAGAUGACGCCAAGCAGUAUGUGUACAUAGCUGUCAUGGACUACCUGCCUAUCUCCAGCACUAGGACCAAAAGGACUUACUGGCCAGAUUUGGAUGGGAAAAUAAGAGAAGCAUUAGUUCUGCGAAGCGUUAAAGUUCGACUCCUUAUAAGCUUCUGGAAGGAAACUGAUCCCCUCACCUUCAACUUUAUUUCAUCUCUUAAAGCUAUUUGCAAUGAAAUAGCCAACUGCAGUUUGAAAGUUAAAUUUUUUGAUCUGGAAAGAGAGAAUGCUUGUGCUACAAAAGAGCAAAAGAAUAACACCUUUCCUAGAUUAAAUCGCAACAAGUACAUGGUGACUGAUGGAGCAGCUUAUAUUGGAAAUUUUGAUUGGGUAGGGAAUGAUUUUACCCAGAAUGCUGGCACAGGCCUUGUUAUCAACCAAGCAGAUGUGAGGAACGACACAAGCAUCAUUAAGCAACUUAAAGAUGUAUUUGAAAGGGACUGGUAUUCGCCCUAUGCCAGAACCUUACAGCCAACCAAACAGCCGAACUGCUCAAGCCUGUUCAAACUCAAACCCACCUCCAACAAAACUGCCACGUACAAUGCAAGCGGGAGGGAACCCCUGAGUGUACAGCAUGAGUGAACGCAUGGACCAGCGGCUCUGAAUUUCCUAUGUACGUGUAAAGGACUUGAGGAGAGAAAAACAAUUUAAUAUGUCUUUUUUUUAAAGGAAAAAAAGCACAGUUAUAAAAAAUGUUCUCUGAACUACAUAUAAUAUCUAUCUAACAAUGUUUUAGCGCCAUGUGCACUAAAUUUAAGACUUUUAUACUUAUUACUUCUGACAGAGAAUGUCAUUUCAGCUUAGAAGUUAGUUUUUACGUUUGCAUACAAAUUUUAAAACCUAAGAUUCCUCUUCCUUUCUAGUUUUAGAGCUUUUUCUGCUGACCCACCUGGUCAGUUCUUAGGAAGCUUAGCAUGAGUUAAGCUCUUUAACACCUUUCUGAGAACUGCUAAUGUAAAGAGCAGAGUGAGGAUUUUGCUUGGAGAGGGGACUGAUGAAAGCAAGUAUUUAUUCUUAUAAAACAUCUCCAACACACAUGCAGUCAUCUAAGUAUAAACAGCCCUCAAAACUCUCUAAAAAAUUUACCUUUUUGCCUCCUCGUCAGUUUCUUCUAAUAUCAUAGGUUUUAUUUUAUAUCACUUUUCACAAAAUGUUAUUGUUAUUAUAUAGAGUCCCUAAAUUCACCUGAACAUUAUUUCCAAGUAUGAUAAUAUCUUUUGAAAAUGCAUGAAUUCCUCAGAACGGAUACAAACUAGAGGUGGGAGUCUUUAAUUUUUACUUUUCAACUGCAUUUUUUUCUACCAAAUUGGUAUUUUAAAAUCACAGCCAGCAAUAUGUGUAGCAUUUUUUUCUCUCAAACUUAGAAAAAUUAUGUAGCUACCUGCAAAUAUCCAGCAAACUAUUAAGUCUACGUUAUGAAAAUAAAGUAGUUUUUCACAUUUUUUUAAUUUACGGUGUUAAAAAGGAAAGAUCUUUAUGCUUUUUUAAUUUCUUUAGAAUCAGUAUGCUGUAAAGAGUAUGCCAGCAAAUGUUUAUAGAGCUAUUUAAUAUACCUUCUGCUAUUUAAUAUACCAAAUGCUUUUCGGAGAAAUGCAAUUUAAAUACUGUGCUUAACAUAUUUUAUUAAGAAACUAAGAUAUGGUUGGAUGAUUGUUCUAUAAUGUCAUUGUGUGCUGGUGUUUUCUAUCGAUGCAAUGGAGAGAGAGCAGCUUGGCCAGGGUGCUCAGUCCUCUCUCAGAGGCCGGACAGACCUUCACCCCUUGGCUUCGGGUUUCUAUUGAUAACGUAGGAACGGUAAUAACUCACCUACCUCACAGGGAUGAUGUGACGGUAGGAAACAUUUAUAACUUGUUUUGAAAUCAAAAGAGCCUAUAUAAAUGCUAAGCAUUAUAAUGUAUAAUAUCUUUCUUGAAAUCAUAAUCUUUGUGGUAUCUUAAUAUAACCAACACCGGAUCCUUCCUAAGAACCCAGAAGGGAAAACAAUUCCACAGCUUCCAGUUGCAAAUGUGGAUGGAAAAAAAAAAAAAACGAAACACAGCAACACAAGAACCCUGGCAGAGACCUAAGUUAUCCUCAUUUCAAUGGAACAUUUUGUCGGGUCACAUGGCAUAAAUAACAUCAAUACAAAAUCAGACAUUGUUCCAAGGACCGCCCUUUGGGACCAGCAAAGACAUGUGUUUUCAGAGCAAAGAAAAGCAAUCUCAAUUUUUUUUUUCCUUUCCAGAGACUUGGUUUCUAAUGUGCCAAAAGAAAUGAUGGAGGAAUCCAUGGUCUUAUCCAGUGGGUUCCCGUGGGUUAGAAAGGGAGCUGUUAGUGAUCCAGUGAUUGGAUGGCUUCUUUUCUUGUUGUUUCCAAGUACUCCUUGGCUGGCUGUCAAACCAGUCAAUGAAGAGAGUUGGAGAAGAGCUGUACUUUUAAGGGUAGUAUGGUUCCUCAACAGUGAACACCCCAAAGACUCUGAAUAUUUAACAUAUACCCUACUCUGAUUAGAAUAGGAAUUUAUCUUGCUAGUCAUCACAGUGAAGUAAACGGUGGUUUUCAUGAUGAUUAAAUCAGAAAGAAAGGAAAGAUUAGGGGUGGAGACAAACAAACCUACCAAGCUCACUUGGUAGUUCACUGAGAAACAAGCUGGGUUGGGUUUGAAAAGGACAUCUAAAGGGAGAAGGGAUGGUUGUUUCCUUGUUCUCAAGUUUUCUCCUGGAGUACUGGGACGCGAGUGAGCUUGGCAUGGUGGGGCCCCUCACUGUCACUCUCUUUUGCAUGUGAUAGAAGAGAAUUUUGUCCUUUAUGAAUGGCCAUCAUUGCCACUUCCUUCUGAGUCCCAGCAAAAUGGUAGCACCAGGAACUGUGUCCUGGGACUUUCUGCCAUGCACCACCAGCAUCAGAGGCCUCUUCACCCAGCAGGCCCCCUAUCAGCGGGGGUCAGCAGCAGCAGACAGGCCACUGGCUCUGGGAGGCAAUGCUGGCCUUCGGUGACAGCUGGGAAAAUGACCCUGUGCAGAGUCAUAAAUGGGUCUGGGUCUCUUAAAAGGGCAUUUCAUUCUGUAGAACUUUCUUUUUAAUUUGGGCCCUUUGCCUACCCCUCAAGAGGUGACACUUUGCACCUGUGCUAAAUAAGCUACCAACUUCCAUUUAUUUUUUCCCCAUAAACAUCCCAGGAAUUACUUCCUGAGAGAAAAAAAAGGCAAAACAACAUUCUGAGACUAUAUGAUGAAUGUCUAUGCCAGAAAUGAUGAAGUGAAAGUGACUAUUAACAUCCAUAUUUUUCCCCAUAAAUAUUCCAGGAAUCAUUUCCUAAAAGCAAGGACACUUGGGUUUGAGACCAAAUCCUGGAUUUCUGUGCCACUAACAUUAACCUAGUGCCUUAUUUAUUCUCAAACAUUGAUGUUAAGCGGUGGUUCGCUAUAUGAGAAUACCUCUGUUUAUUGUGUAGUCCAAUAUGACCUUAUGAUGGGGCUCCCAGUUGACUCUUGCUGGAGUAGCAACAGCUUUACACAGCCUGCUCUCUUCUCAAGCCACAAAACCUUUAUCACCCCCCAAAUUCAAUCAGUGACACACACUGUCAAAUAUCAAUACUGUUGACCCUCACCACAUUGUCCUUGGCUCCUGGCAAGUCAAAUAAUUGAAUCAUAGAGUAUCAAACCAGGGAGAGGAAGUGGAACAUUCUGCAGUUAGAUCCGUGCUCUGUAAACACCAUACUUCAGCAUGGUUUGGGUACCUGAACAUGACAGAACUGAGGCACACUGAAAAUGUUCAUGCUGUCAUCAAAGGACCUGGUAAAGAGAUGUUUUCAUGGACUUCCAAGGUCCUGUAGAACAUAGAACAAAACCCAGUGUCCUGAAAAACUGUCAGAGCAGACUCAGUAAAAGAAACAAAAGGGCUAUGGAAAACAUUUCCAUCUGUGUGGCACUGGGCACCUCUUCGGCCCACAGAACUUUUCCCAGUAAGGCUCUAUCUGUGCUGCUGUUUGUCUUACUUCUGAUUUGGUUCUCAGUCCAAUGGGUCUGAUCACGUUUUUGGGUUGAUCUUGCCCUUUGCAAAAUGUGUUUUGUUAAUGCAGUUACUGGUUGGUUAAAAGUGCCUCAUCAAACCUGGGACUGAAAAAAGCUCAUUUCCCACCAGCCUGUGGGUCUUUUAAAGUCUUUCAGAGAUUUUUGUUUGUUUUUAGAGUCUUUUACUGAACUAAAUUCCAGGGAAAAAAAUUAAAAGGCUAUAAGAAUUUCUUGAUAAGAUCAGACCUACGGUCUGACUGUCGCAGGAGUUCCAUCUCAGAAUCUGCCUUUUAUUUUUUUCACGUGUAUGACCAUUUGUGUGAGUUUUUUUUGGUCUGAAAAUCAUCCCAUUAUUUUUAAUAUUUAAGAAAUGUAAAAAGCUACCUUUACUCUCAAUAGAACAGUCAUUUUCUUUAAUGAAAGAUGCUUUGCUUUUGGUUGUUAAAGCUCAAUCCCUUUUAAACAGCCCUACAUAUUGUGGACAAAUGUGCAAUUCUUUUGUUUUCUGUGCUUAUUCCCAAUGAACUGGUGCACUUUAUUAUAAGCCUUUUGAAGGAAAAAAUUAAUAUAACUUCCAUUUGGCCUAAGGUAAAUUAGAGAGAUUAAUUCAUAUUCAACAUUCUCCUCAUUGGCUAUGAGUUAGCACCCUUGCUUUUUCCUUUAUAUUUUGAUAACUACAUACUGCCAUUUUUACCUUAUUGAUUUAAAUUUGUGGAGGAUUUUUAAUAGCCUGGAAGUCAAUCCCAGUUUACAGCCUAGUUUUCAUAUUUGAGAGAAUGUCCAUCUGUGGUUGAAACAAACAUUUUCACAAUGGUUAGAAGUUUCUUCAGAAGUUUCUUGAGAUUGUAAAAACUAAAUGUUCUUAUUUCUGACUAACAGUCCACUUAGAGAGUUCUAAAAGGUCUCCAAUCAUUUAUGCUUCUUUAGGCAAUUUGAUGAAAAGAAAUGUGAGAUUUAAUAGGCUACCAUGCAUUUUCUUUUGCUAUGUUAAACUGCUAAACUUCUAAUUCUAUUACAAAGGAUAUCUUGAAUUUUUAAUGUUUCUUUAUGAAAAUAGGAUAAAUUUGUACCUAGACAUAUCUAUAUUAUUAACCCUGAGAUCCAUAAAUAAACUGGUGUGGUAAAAGGCUGAAUUUGGGGGAAAUCAUUAAAAUUCUCAAAUCUUUCACAUAACCCAAUGCUCAGUUUUUUUAGAAGUAAAUAUUAUGUGGCUUUUUCAUACUGUGAGAUAAGGCAUUUCUUUUUCUCCUCAGCUUGGUCCCACAACAAGCCAGUCUCUCAUUAGUAACAACCUGUGCUAUGAUAAGUGGUUAAUAAGGCAAAUACAGAGAGCACAAUGGGCUUUGGUCCCACUCUUUUGUAGAUUAGCCCAAUGAAGUAUCUUGGUAACACUAUACCUAUCUCUAUGGAAAAAAAAAUAGUUUGUUCCUAAUACGUGUUGGUUUUAGGUAAAUAAAUGGUCACUUUUCAGUGAAGAAACAGUUGUAAAGACCGCAUUCUACACUGGCCAAGUGACAGAAAAGGUGUUCAUGAAAACACAAGUUCAGUUGCCUCCCAAACUUACCAAUCAUGCUGUAUUUUUUCCCAUGCCUAAAUCCAUAAUAAAAUAUGCCUGGGAUGUGUUCAACAAGCCCAUAUUGAAUCUCGGGUUGAGAGGAUGCCCUGAAACCCAUCUAAAUGAGCUCUUCCGAAUGCACAAAUUCCCUUCCCAUUUGGCUACUCAAAAGUAGAGGAUCUAUUCAAGGAAAACAUAUUUGGAAUACUUAGCACAGUGCCUUUCACAGGAAUCACACAAAGAAUAAAAUUUUGUUGAUUUGCUAAAGUUAUUUGUAUCUGAGGCGAAGUCUUAUCUCUGUGAGACUGCAUGGUAUGUGCAUUGAGGUGAUUGCCUUUUUAUAAAAGGGGAGAAAUCUGAAGGGGCACACUUUUUAAAAAAGUUGUCAAUUGAGUGUUUAGCAAAGGCUUAACAGAGCAGAUUUUUUAAAUUUCCAAUAGUCAAUAAUAAUUUUAUCUUACCAGCAGUUUCUGAAUUCUAAAAUUUCAUGUUUUUAUUUUUAAUUGGGCUAACAGGUUGAUAAGAAACAAACAUGGACAAAGAGUCCAAUUAAAUCAUAGUAAGGUGAAGAUGAUUUAUGAUUUAUUUCUAAUUCAUAUUAGAGAAAUUAGUAAGAGAAAAAAUGUUAUCCUUUUGCAAAAUGGAUCUCUGGCUCUCAAACCCAUUCCUCUUGGCCUUGGAAAUAUUGAAAAAUUAUUCAUUCCCUUAUGGAUUCUGCUGCCUCUCAUGGGUUUAAAAUUUAAUUAUGAGGAAAAUUUGAGAAAUUCUGAGGUUCCUGUAAGACACAGCACAAGCAAACCAAGUUUCUCAUUUAGAGGAACUCCACACAGGUGCACAACAGAUCUCAAUUUCCAGGAUUACAAAUAUGGAACUUGUGUGUGACUUUCCAAUAUAAACGGGAGGAGCAGAGCUUUUUAAAGACAACUCAGAAAAUAUGAUCCAACAACAUUCAUGCAAAACAAAGCUUGUUACAAUUUCAGUUACUUUUUCUUAGAAUGGGAAUUAUUUGCUUCUUUAGAAAGUGCUUUUUAUUAAAGGCAACAUCCCCAAAAAUGUAAUAAAAGAAAGGCAGCACUAUGGUUUCAGGAACAUUAUAGUUUGAUAGAGUGCUUAUAAAAUCCCCUGUGGGAGCCUGUCAUUAAGACACAAAACUGUCACCAGCAGUAAAGUUGUAUCUUAUUAUCUCUGUGUCCUGGUGUCCUGGGGAGACCAUGCCCAUAGCUCCAGUAUGAGUAGAACCAUAUUCUCUGUCAUUAAAGUUUCCACAUUGGCCACUGUUGAUGGCACCAAAGUUCAGUACCAGACUCAAAGAAACUCAUUUUUAGUCCAGGGGGUAGCCUAAGAAAGAAGUACUCAGCAGUGGUAUUCUUGUUUGAUGGUACCUAGCCCAACUAAUCAGAGGCCAUCCUUAAGGAAUUUGAAUAUGAGCUAUAGAAAGUUAAUCAGUAGCAGUAAGAGCAGCCAAGAUAGACACAGAGAAAAGCCAAGUCACUCGAAUGGUGCCACUUAAAGCAAUAAUGGCAACUGUUUCUGCAGCUCAGCCAACUAGAGUUCUGGUCAAUGCACCAUUUCUGCUCUUAGGAUAUUGAGGUAAUAAUUGAUUCCAGAACAAUGAGGCUGGACUUUGUAGUUACUAGAUUGCCUCCUAU